CGGCGCUCCGGGACGCGCGGGGCGGGCGGCGCAGCCGGCUGAGCGGGGCCGGCGGCGGGAGGAGGAGGCGGGGGCCGUCGCCCGUCGCUGGCGGCCCGGCCCGCCAUGAGCAGAGCGCAGCUGACGCGGACGGGGAUCCUGCGGAUGGCGCUGGGCGGCGGCGGCGCCGACCCGCUGCUGCCGGCGGAGGGCGGCGGGGACCGGCGGGCGCCCUUCCUGCUGCGGGCGCUGCGCAUCGCCGUGGUGGUCUGCCUCUACUGGUUCACCUCCAUCGCCAUGGUCUUCCUCAACAAGUACCUGCUGGACAGCCCCUCGCUGCGCCUCGACGCCCCUCUCUUCGUCACCUUCUUCCAGUGCGCCCUGACGGCCGCCCUCUGCCUGGGCCUCAGCCUGGGGGCGGCCUGCGGGCCCCCCUGCGCCGGCCUGCCCGCCCUCCGCCUCGACCCCAAGGUGUCCCGCAGCGUCCUGCCCCUCUCCGCCGUCUUCAUCGGCAUGGUCACCUCCAACAACCUCUGCCUCAAGCAUGUCGGCGUGGCCUUCUACAACGUGGGGCGCUCCCUCACCACCGUAUUCAACGUGCUGCUCUCCUACCUCCUCCUCAAGCAGACCACCUCCCUCUAUGCCCUUCUGGCCUGCGGAGUCAUCAUAGGUGGCUUCUGGCUGGGUGUUGACCAGGAAGGAGCAGAGGGCACUCUGUCAUGGACAGGUAUAUUCUUUGGGAUCUUAGCAAGCCUUUGUGUCUCACUCAAUGCCAUCUACACCAAGAAGGUGCUGCCUGUGGUGGAUGGUAGCAUCUGGCGCCUGACCUUCUACAACAACGUCAACGCUUGUGUCCUGUUCUUCCCCCUCAUGGUGCUGCUGGGCGAGUUCCGCACCCUCUACCACUUUGACAAGCUGGGGAGCCCCAGUUUUUGGGGCAUGAUGACCCUGGGGGGAGUGUUUGGCUUUGCCAUUGGGUACGUGACUGGACUUCAGAUUAAGUUCACUAGCCCACUCACCCACAACGUGUCUGGGACAGCCAAGGCCUGUGCUCAAACAGUGCUGGCUGUUAUCUACUUUGAGGAGACAAAGAGCUUCUUGUGGUGGACGAGUAACUUGAUGGUUCUGGGGGGCUCCUUUGCCUACACAUGGGUGAAAGGACUGGAGAUGAGGAAGGUGCAAGAGGAUCCUAAUGUCAAAAGCGGUGAAAGAAAUGAGACUGGUGUGUAGGCAGCUACUGCACCUCUGUUUUUGAGCCUAGGGGGGAUAAGCUUUGGUGCUCCUUUCCUCCUGGGGAGAAGAAGAGCAAGGAGCAGGAAAAAAUGCACCUGCAAAGUGUAUAGGGAGCUGUGUCAGGAACCAGAGCCAAAGACCUGACUGGAUCAUGUUUUAUCUCACCCCGUGUCAGAGUCGGGGAGAGCAUGUGUUGUAGAGAUCGACUGGGGUACUUUUUUUGUGAUUGUUUUUUAAAAUGGAUGUUGUUAUUUACUUAAUCUGGGAAAUUUGCAUCACAGUGGGGUGGGAGGGGGUGGGCUUAUAUCAAAGACUGGAAGGGAGCUUUGUGUAGGUAGGAAUCUAGAAUUAACUGAAUGAAUGCAAUCUGAAGUUAUAAAAUCCUGAACCUGCAGGUAAGGAAGAGGCAAGUAGCCAGACUAUUUGGGUUAGACUUCAGUAAACCUUUCUGCUGUAUAAGGUUUUUGCAACAGCCGUUCUUCCUGUUGCCCCAUUCAGUGCAGAGGAUAAAAAUUCUCUCCCUUCUGGCUAUGUACAAGUCUAAGCAACAGCAGUGCCUCCAAAACGCCUUUCCAAAGAGUCAGUAUGACAUCCUAAUGAGGUUUUUUCCUGUGUUGCUUUUACACCUGGUUUCUCAGUUUGAGGAAGCAUGCUAAGACUCGGGAAUUAAACUUCUCAUUCUCUCUGCACUGUGUCCAGUGAGGGAGCACACACUCACUCCAGUGGCCUUUCUCGUGGAGGAGUGAGCUUGGCCCCUCUGUGUCACUUGGUGACAGGCAGGAGCAGAAAAGUUACUCUGAAACAGUUGCUGCUGUAGGGUGGGGAUCCCAGUUCACUGAGGGUUUGUAACACUUCUUUACCCUCUUUGUAGGGGGUAGGUUUGUAUUGAAUAUGCGGUUGUUACCCAUUCCCUUGUUUCAGGGGACUUGCUCCAUGUUUACUUUAUAGCUUCUCUAGUGUUUGCAUUUUGAUUUUUCCUUUUAAAUACCCCCAUGGCCGGCUCAGUGAAUCCUUCAAUGUAAUGGGUUUUGCUCAAGUGCACCAAUCCCUUUGCUUGGAACUUGUGCUGCUGAACAGAUUUGCAGAAAUGUCUGCCCAGCCAUCCCACCCCUCCAUCUGGUUCUCUGCAAUAGAGUAUGUCUGUGCUGCUAUUUCUGAUUCCUGGGGGUCAGCAGCAGCAUCCUGUGGUGAACUGUGAUUGCACCAGCUUUCUAAAUCCCUGGCCCUUGUAAACAUAAAGUUACUUUGA